GCUGCAUGGCGCUGAGAUGGCGGGGGCGCCGCGCGGCCGAGGCGGCGGCGGAGGCGGAGGCGGCGGCGGCGGCGCGGGCGAGCCCGGGGGCGCCGAGCGGGCGGCCGAACCGGGCGGCCGGCGCGGGCUGCGGGCGUGCGACGAGGAGUUCGCGUGCCCCGAGCUGGAGGCGCUGUUCCGCGGCUACACGCUGCGGCUGGAGCAGGCGGCCACGCUGAAGGCGCUGGCGGUGCUCAGCCUGCUGGCGGGCGCGCUGGCGCUGGCGGAGCUGCUGGGCGCGCAGGGGCCCGCGCCCGGCCUCGCCAAGGGCUCGCACCCCGCGCACUGCGUGCUCUUCCUGGCGCUGCUCGUGGUCACCAACGUGCGCUCGCUGCAGGUGCCGCAGCUGCGGCAGGUGGGCCAGCUGGCGCUGUUCUUCAGCCUCACCUUCGCGCUGCUCUGCUGCCCCUUCGCGCUCGGGGGCCCCGCCGGACUGCACGCCGGGGCGGCGGCGGGGCGGGCGGCGGCGGACCAGGGCGUGUGGCAGCUCCUCCUGGUCACCUUCGUGUCCUACUCCCUGCUGCCCGUGCGCAGCCUGCUGGCCAUCGGCUUCGGGCUCGUGGUGGCCGCCUCGCACUUGGUGGUCACGGCCACCUUGGUCCCUGCCAAGCGCCCACGUCUCUGGAGGACGCUUGGUGCCAACGCCCUGCUGUUCGUGGGCGUGAACAUGUACGGGGUGUUCGUGAGGCUCCUGGCCGAGCGCGCCCAGAGGAGGGCGUUCCUGCAGGCGCGCACCUGCAUCGAGGACCGACUGAGGCUGGAGGACGAGAACGAGAAGCAGGAGCGGCUGCUCAUGAGUCUUUUGCCCCGGAAUGUCGCCAUGGAGAUGAAAGAGGACUUUCUGAAGCCCCCUGAGAGGAUUUUCCACAAGAUUUACAUCCAGCGGCAUGACAAUGUGAGCAUCCUCUUUGCGGACAUCGUGGGCUUCACGGGCCUGGCGUCACAGUGCACGGCCCAGGAGCUGGUCAAGCUGCUCAACGAGCUGUUCGGCAAGUUCGACGAGCUGGCCACGGAGAACCACUGCCGGCGCAUCAAGAUCCUCGGGGACUGCUACUACUGCGUGUCCGGCCUCACCCAGCCCAAGGCCGACCACGCCCACUGCUGCGUGGAGAUGGGCCUGGACAUGAUCGACACCAUCACGUCUGUGGCUGAGGCCACCGAGGUGGACCUGAACAUGCGUGUGGGGCUGCACACUGGCCGCGUCCUCUGCGGCGUCCUGGGCCUGCGCAAGUGGCAGUAUGACGUGUGGUCCAACGACGUGACCCUGGCCAACGUCAUGGAGACCGCGGGCCUGCCUGGGAAGGUCCACAUCACCAAGACGACGCUGGCGUGCCUGAACGGCGACUACGAGGUGGAGCCCGGCCACGGGCAGGAGCGGCACAGCUUCCUGAGAGCCCACAACAUCGAAACCUUCUUCAUUGUGCCCUCGCACCGGCGGAAGAUCUUCCCCGGGCUGAUCCUCUCGGACAUAAAGCCGGCGAAAAGGAUGAAGUUCAAGACGGUGUGCUACCUGCUGGUGCAGCUCAUGCAGUGCCGCAAGAUGUUCAAGGCCGAGAUCCCCUUCUCUGACGCCGUGGCGUGCGAGGGCGGCGACAAGCGCAGGGCGUUGAGAACAGCCUCAGAGAAACUCCGAAACCGCUUGUCUUUCUCGACCAACGUCGUCUACACCACCCCGGGCACCCGCGUGAACAGGUACAUCAGCCGCCUCCUGGAAGCCCGCCAGACGGAUCUGGAGAUGGCGGACCUGGACUUCUUCACCCUCAAGUACAAGCAGGCCGAGCGGGAGCGGAAGUACCACCAGCUCCAGGACGAGGACUUCACCAGCGCCGUGGUGCUCGCCCUCAUCCUGGCCGCCUUGUUUGGCCUCAUCUACCUUCUGAUCAUCCCGCAGAGUGUGGUCCUGCUGCUCCUGCUGGUGUUUUGCAUCUGCUUCUUGGUGGCCUGUGUCCUGUACCUGCACAUCGCCCGGGUCCAGUGUCUCCCAGGGUGCCUGACCAUCCGGAUCCGCACCGUCCUGUGCAUUCUCAUUGUGGUCUUGGUCUACUCCGUGGCCCAAGGAUACGUGGUGGGCUGCCUGCCCUGGGCCUGGAGACCCAGUCCCAAUGGGUCCCUGGUGGUGCUGCCCACCCCACCCUGCGAGUCUGCGCCCCACGCCCUGCUCUGCGGCCUGGUGGGCACCCUCCCGCUCGCCGUCUUCCUGAGGGUCUCGUCCCUGCUGAAGGUGCUUCUGCUCUCGGCGCUCAGCACGCUCUACAUCCUGGCCCUGGAGCUCAGCGGGUACACCAAGGCUGGGGGGGGCGGCGCGGCCUCCCGGCGCAGCUUCGAGCCGAUCAUGGCCGUCCUGCUGUUCUCCUGCACGCUCGCCCUGCACGCCCGGCAGGUGGACGUGAGGCUGCGGCUGGACUACCUCUGGGCCGCACAGGCGGAGGAGGAGCGGGACGACAUGGAGAGGGUGAAGCUGGACAACAGGAGGAUCCUCUUCAACCUGCUGCCGGCACACGUGGCCCAGCACUUCCUCAUGUCCAACCCCCGGCACAUGGACCUCUACUACCAGUCCUACUCCCAGGUGGGCGUCAUGUUCGCGUCCAUCCCCAACUUCAACGACUUCUACAUCGAGCUGGACGGGAACAACAUGGGGGUGGAGUGUCUGCGGCUGCUCAACGAGAUCAUCGCCGACUUCGACGAGCUCAUGGACAAAGACUUUUACCAGGACCUGGAGAAGAUCAAGACCAUCGGGAGCACCUACAUGGCUGCCGCGGGGCUGGCACCCGCCCCCGGGACCCAGGCCAAGAAGAGCAUCUCCUCCCACCUCAGCACGCUGGCCGACUUCGCCAUCGAGAUGUUUGACGUCCUGGACGAAAUCAACUACCAGUCCUACAACGACUUCGUGCUCCGCGUGGGCAUAAACGUUGGCCCUGUGGUGGCCGGAGUGAUUGGGGCUCGUCGGCCGCAGUACGACAUCUGGGGAAACACGGUCAACGUGGCCAGUCGGAUGGAUAGCACUGGGGUCCCGGGCAGAAUCCAGGUGACGGAGGAGGUGCACCGGCUGCUGAGGCAGGGCGCCUACCAGUUCCUGUGCCGGGGCAAGGUCAGCGUCAAGGGCAAGGGCGAGAUGCUGACGUACUUCCUGGAGGGCAGGGCCAGCGGAAAUGGCUCGCAAAGCAGGUCCCUGAACUCGGAGCGGAAAAUGUGUCCUUACAGGAGGGCUGGCCUCCAGACCAGACUGGCCACGGGUCACCCCCCGGUGUCCUCCGUGGCCGGCCUCCCUGUCGGAACCGGGCUGGGGGCUCCGCAGGCCUCGGGGCCUGACCCCCGGCCCCCCGACCCGCACCUGCCGCCGGGAGCAGCUGGGAAGGAGGCUUAGCGGGCCCGAGCUGGCCGCUGGGGCACAGGGCAGAAUGCUCAGGGCCUCGUUCCUGCGGGGGGCCCACCGGCUGGCAGGGCAGGGCUGGGCCGGCGCCAGGCUGGGGGAGGGGCGCUGUCCAGGCAGGACCCGAAGCAGCUGGGCAGUGGCCCGAGGAGGGGCCUGCAUGGACACGAGGCUUCUUGGUAGCGUGGCGCCCCGUCCUGUCCUCG